UAAGUUACACGGAAAUACUCGGGUUCUUGGUUUUGGGUAGCAUAAAGACCGGUUCUUGCGGUCACUUUUCCCCAAUCAAGAAGCUUGAUUCAUCAACAGACGCCUUGUACCACCGCGCCUACUUAUAUAAACUGUGCCAAAUUCUUAGAUUUUGCCACUCUCUGUCUUCCACGUCCUGCGUCCUUCCCGUGUAUCUAGUACACAUCAUCCAUGGCUCCUUUCGAUGCCGAACCUAUUAAGUCACUCCCAGCACUGGGUGCUGGGAAUAUUGUCGCCCGCAGUUACCAGUCCGGGUCCAUGGACCGUCAUACCAUGAUUGAUGUCAUCGUCAUGAUCGUCCUUGGCACUUCCGUGCCUGUCACCAACACAGCCACGCCUGCGCGUUCAACUGCGACCCCUGGGCGUAGCAUUCGCUACUCCAGGCAGAUAUUGGUGUCGUUAUUAUUGCACAACUGGUGGAUACGUGCAUUCCACAAUGGCAUUCCUCGGCCUGUCACAAAUACUGCGCACCAUGAACAAACUCUAUUUCAUGUUGCCCAACUAUCUGCCCACACCUCAUCAGCAGGUAUGGGCAAUACUCGCUCACCGAGCUUCACCACUUUUGCACCCAUUUCUAUAUCAGCGGCAUCCAGCAUCGUCGACACUUUUGUUAAUAGCGAAGCCGUAGAGCUUCAUAUGCUUGGUAGCAGUAAAACCCCGAGCACAUCCUCAUUAGCGGUAGCCGACGAUGCGGAUACCCAAAUUGUUGUGCUAUCUCCUACAGAGCCCAUCGCCCGUGCAGAUGUGGGCACAGCGCCUGAGGCACCUGAUCCAUCCUGAAUGCUCUACUUUUGAUUGCUGCACGGGAGAGGUUAACAUCGCAGAAGCCAACGAGGUAGCAAGGGUUGUUAGGUUUUGUAAUGAGUGGAUCCGAAUCUUGGGUUCCACACGCAAGUGGCAAUGGGACCGGGCGCGGGGACGGUACAUAGGAACCUGUGU